UGUUGUAAGAUGUUUCUCUAGUCAUGUUGCCUGUUCAAGACAUAAGUGGCAGAUGGCAGUCUCAAGUGGUUUCCCUUUUAAAACAGGUUUACAAUUCGGAAACUCGUAGUGCUCGUGUCGAAGCCGCUAGACGGUUUAAGGAAACUUUAGAACAGAAAUGGAGAGAGACAGUAGUUCCUUUGGGAAAUUCCUCGAAAGCCAGUUCUCUCCAUGUAAACUUGGCAGAAGAGCUUACUACACAACUUAACAAUCUAGUCAAUUCAUCAGACGUACGUGAAAGAAUAGCUGCAGUGGUGUGUCUUGAUGUUUUGAUGGAGUUAAGGGGCGAGUCUUAUCGUGAAAAGAUUCAAAGAACACACAACGGCCUUCGGAGUGUGUUACAAAAUGUAGAACGUUGUCUUCCUUCAGCCAUGGCGGUAGAGAAGCUAUUCGCUUCCCAACCAUUUAUUUUUGAAGCUCAAGAAGAAGACGUGGAUAUGGUUUCUUUAGAGAGUAGCACAGUUUCAAAACAUGUGGCGGAUGAACUGGAACUUUUAAGAGUUUCUAGUAAGGCAUUGGGACACUUGGCAAGGACUGGUGGUGCUUUGGCCUAUCGUUGUGUUGAAUCAGAAGUUUCACGUGCCUUUGAACGCCUUAGUUUUCGAGAUCACAGUGAUGCUCGGUUUUCUUUGGCUAGGUUAUCUGCAGUCUUUGUUUUGAAGGAAAUUGCCGAAAAUGCUCCAGCUUUCUUUUAUGGUCAGAGAACUUCCUUUGUACGUCUGAUAUGGUCUGCUUUAUGGGAUCCCAAACAACAAGUUCGUUUUUAUGCAGCAUUGGCUUUGAGAGCAUUUAUUCAAACUGUAGUAAGAAGAGAUGCAGCAGAAAUGGCUACUUUAGUAGGAAAGCUUUUGCAAGUUUCCAUCGACACUUUGUCUCCAAUAACAAAGGAAGAAAAGAGCGAGUUCGAUACAAUAGAAAUAAGAAAACUUUCUAGUCAGGAGAAGCCCUCAACAGAUAUCAAGACGGAAAAGAUUCAUGGCAGUUUGUUAUGUCUUGCAGAGUUACUUCGAGAUGAAAUAUCUCGCGAACGUCUUCAUGGACGUUUUGAGGAAAUAUGUGAAGUUGUGUUAUAUUAUCAAUCCACGCAAGACAUAUUCAUACGUACUGAAGUCGUUAUUUGUUUACCGCUUUUGGCUUCUUUAGACCCAACAACAUUUUGUCAUUCAACAAGUGAUUAUCUGAGGAGAAGUCAUCAAGUCUUGGUUUCCUUCCAUAAACUUUACUUAGAAAAUGAAAGAUUACCUGCACAGCACUUAGUUGCUUAUGGACAGUUAGCAGAAGCUAUAGGUUCUGAAUACAUUUCUCCUUUUGUCAAUCAAGUGUUUUGCAUGAUUGAAGAUAUACUGCCGAAGAAGGAUGUCAGAAAGGAACUACAGAGAAAUGCAAAGGAUGUAUUUUCAUGUAUAAGAAUGUUAGCAGAAACUCUAGAAUUUCGUACUUUUAGUUAUACGAAUCAUUUUCAUGACCUAUUGGAUCACAUGUUUGCACAUGGCUUAUCCUCAGCAAUGGUGAAAGCUCUCAAUUCUAUAGGAAAGAAAAUUCCAGAGUUAUUACCUCAAAUACAGGAGCGACUUUUGGAUUCUGUUUCCUUGAUUCUUUCAAGAGGUUCACCUUUUGGUAAUGAACCAGCAUCCAAAGCAAAUAUGAGGAAAAAAUAUUCACGCACCAGUGCCAAAGAUCUCGUAUCGAUGGAAAGUGGAAGUUUGCAGGAAUUCAAUCAUUCUUCAAUUCUUAUAGAAAGAGCGUUGGAAACAGUAGCUAACUUUGACUUUAGAGGAAGAUUUCUUUCAUCCUUUGUGAGGGAAAACAUUUUUGAUUACAUGAAUUCGAGUUUACCUUCUUGGAGACGUUUAGCAGUAUCGGCAUGUUGUCGACUAUUGGCUGCAUCUUCAGUUUACGCAUUGGAACAACAAUUUUUAUUUCGUCAACAAAAACUUCGAAGAGUUUAUAGCAAUAAUUUGGUGAAAGAAAUUGCAUCUCUCAUUUCUCGAGUUUUAAUUAGUUCAGUUGCCGAUAGAGACGAACAAAUUAGAUUGGCAGCCUUGGAGGGGUUGAAAGACCCCCGAUUUUCCAAGUAUCUUGCUCAACCCCAUUUACUAAACAAAUUAUUGGUUUGUCUCUACGAUGAAAGCCUGAGUGUGAAACGAGUCGCCAUUUCACUUUGUGGUAAUCUUUCCUUUUUAAAUCCUGCCCUUGUAUUUCCAGUUAUCAGGCGCCGAUUGGCACAACUGUUGAUUACAUUACGUUGUGAAGGGAAGACAUUUGCUUUACGUUCUUCCAGAGAUGCUGCCGCAGUUUUGUUAUCUAUAAUGGUUCGAGAUGCUCCAAGAAUUGUAUGGCCUUAUGUGGUUCCUAUUUUAAGGGUUCUUAUUAUUCGUUUAAGAGAAACAUUAUUUGGAAGCAACUUGAGUUUUGUUUGGGAUUCGGGUGGUGAGGAAGCAGAGACUGUCAUGUACGCUGCCGUUGGAAAUGUCGCAUCCAAUGUAGGCCCGAAUUUAGAAGAUUUGAAAAGGAUGCUUCCAGAAUUGCUUAAUCUUUUGGUGGGAGCUGUUCAAGAUCAGACUAGUGAACCAAAAACCAAAACUGCAGCUUUGAAUGCAUUUACGUUGAUAGUGCAAAAUACUUCGUGUGUGAUAAGUCCUUAUAAUAAUUUUCCAAGCCUAUUACCUUCUUUAUUGCAUGCUAUUCGUACAGAGACAGAUAGUCAGGUUCGUCAGGGAGUAGAACAGUUACUUGGUACUUUAGGUGCCAUUGAUCCAAAAGAGUACAAAUAUGGAGUUUCAUUUGAUUUCAAUCAGACAGAACAUUUAUGGAAGGAAUCUAGUCCAGUUGGCCCAAGUUACAUAGCAGAAAGAUCGAUUGUAUAUCCUGGUGCAUGUGAAGACUACAAUUCCUAUGCUAUUUCACCUUUGGAAGGUGGUAUAUUAGGCACUACAUGGGAAAUGCCGCUUUCUCCUAAAGUUAGUCAUUCCGUUGCUCCUAGAAACUACUUUGGCAAUGAAAAUAAGGAUAGACUUUUCUCGCAACGAAUCAUUAAUAUGGCACUGAGUAGUGAAACAUUGGUCAGUCGACUGAAUCACCCUUAUACUGCUAAUGAGGAAUAUUUUCCAUCUGCUGCUUUGGAUGCAUUACAUCGAGUAAUAUCAGACUCCAAGUUGUCGCACCAUCAUCGUGAAGCAGUGAAUGCCAUCACAUGUAUUGUACAAUCUCUGGGUCCUAAGUGCAAUGAAAUAUUACCAUUUACUUUAUCCAAGUUAUUGUGGACGUUGAGGCCACCUGGAAUGGGAAUUAUGAGAGAAAUGAAUUCGAACCUGAAAACAUCUUCUAGUAUGGGUGACUUGAGACGUGGUCUUGGUUCAAGGUCUGGAGGGAAAUAUGGAAGUUGCGAUAGUUUGGAGUCUCUGAGUGGUAUAGGUAUAUCAGGUAGUUCAGUUGGGUCACCUCCUCGUGGUUCUUUGCCAUAUGUUACUACGAGUACUUUGACUAGUACUAAUACUGCCAGUAACGAUCCUAAUCUUCGUGAAUAUGUAUUCAAGGCUUUAGCAGAAGUUGUUCAUGUAGCUAGACAACAUGUGAGGCCUUAUUCAUGGGAUAUUAUAUCCAUUUGCAGAUAUUACUGGGAACGUGAACCUUUGUCAUCUGAAUUGAGAACCAUUGUUAUUCUCGUUGAAAGAACUUGUUUGGCAUUGAUGGACGAAUUUGCUGUACAUUUACCGACAAUAUUGCCUUGUAUUGUGGCUACCUUGUACACGGAUACUUCAGCGAAUCGUGAAAAUGCACUUCCUGUUUUGCACUUGUUGGAUGUAAUGGGAAACCACAUCGAAGAUUAUGCGUUUAUGUUGAUUCCCAUUGUAUCCAAAAUGGCUUGUGAUGGUUCAGCUUCGACAAGUGCCAGACUAGAAACACUGGGAAUAUUAACCAAAUUGAUUACUCGCGUUCCUAUUCGUGAAGUGGCAAGCCAAGUUAUCCAUUCGUUGCUAAAUGCGUUGGAACAGCCAGAUGCAAAGGAUGUUUCUUUGUUGAUAACCAAAAUAUUUGGAUUAAUAGCCGAAAGAAAUACUCACGUAUUUAGUUUGUUUUUGGAUACAAUAGUUCAUGUACUUUACUCAUUGAGUAGCCCUAUUGAUGCGUUAUUAUUGCAACACUUGAGAAAGAAUCGCGUGGAUGUUUCCAUGUUCACAGAACAAGGCAAAGUGACUAGCAACUUGAGACAAGCAUCUUUGAACCGCAUAUCCUCCUUAUCUUCUUUGAACCGAAGUGGUUCUUCUUCUUCCUUGACUUCUUUGGAAGGCAGCACUGGACCAGCCUCCUCUGGGGGAAAUCUAGAGAAGAGAAGACAUCAUGUCAAUCAACGCUCGUUAAAGAAUGCUUGGAACCUUGGAAGAAGAACGACUGCCGAAGAUUGGGAAGAAUGGCUGAACAAAUUUAGUAAUGGACUGUUUAGAGAAAGUGGUUCUCCUUCCAUCCGUUCUUGUGCUCGCCUUGCUGAAGUAUAUACUCCUUUGAUGCAAGAUUUGUUCAAUGCAGCCUUUCUAAGUUGUUGGACCGAACUUGCACCCAACUAUCAGGCAAGUUUGGUGGAAACUCUGUUGGCUGCACUUUCUUCUCCAAGUUUACCAUUAGAUGCCUUACAAACAUUAUUGUCAUUGGCAGAGUUUAUGGAACAUGAUGAAAAGCCACUGCCUAUUGAUGUAAGACGUUUAGCAACUAUGGCCUAUCGUUGUGGAGCUUAUGCCAAAGCAUUAAGAUAUAAGGAAGCGGAAUAUGCGCAAGUCACUCAACCUCAAACUGCGAAAUCAGCCGUAGCAGGAGAACAUGGACUGAUUUCCAUUUAUAAUAAUUUAUUACAACAAGAGUCAGCGGUAGGAGCUUUGAAAGAUGCUGAAUAUCGUUUUGGUAUUCGAAGACGUGAAGAGUGGUUUGAGAAACUUCAGAGAUGGGACGAAGCGUUGAUAGCUUAUGAGAAAGGAAGUAAUGCCAUGUCGACAAACGAAGAAGAAAAAUCCUCUUCUGAACCUGAAAGAUUGUUAUCUUUUCAGAAACCUGUUUUAUCUUUACAACCGCAACCUUCACCCGAUGAUGCAUAUGAAGAACCUUUUGCUGUACUGUCAGAAUGGGAUCGCAAGUUAGGAAUGAUUCGCUGUCUCAAUGAACUAGGAGAAUGGAGAAGGAUGGAGUCCCUUUGUCAAGAACUUUGGCAAAGUGUGGAUACUGAAAAGAGAUAUGUAUUAUCUUAUGAAGGUGCAGCAUCGGUUGCCUUUAAUCUUGAUCUUUGGGAUGAGUUUGAAGAACGAGUAAAAUAUCUUCAGAAGAAUAGCUUUAAAUGGGCACUAUACAAUGCUUUAUUAGCAGUCCACCAAAAACAAUAUGAUGAGGCUUUGGAGUUUGUUAAGCACGGAAGAAGAAUAUUGGAUGGUCGUUUAAGAGCUAGAGCAGCGGAAGGAUAUUCAAGAGCUUAUUUGGAUAUUGUAAAUGCGGAAAGAUUGGUAGAAAUUGAGGAGUCCAUCAAGUAUUUGAAAAAUCCUACGAUAGCAUAUCGCAACCAAUUGGCAUCUUUAUGGAAAGCCAGAUUGCAAGGUAUACAAUCUAGCUAUUUCUAUUGGUAUCGAAUUUUGAGAGUCCGAUGUUUGGUUUUUCAUCCUUUUGAUUCGAUGGAAGAGUGGAUCAAAUUUACGAGUCUUUGUCGCAAGUCUGGACGUCUUCCUAUGUCGGCAGAGUCAUUAAGAUGGUUAUUGAGUCCAAACGAAGCAUUGCAUAGUGAUGAUGUUGAUUCUUGGGAUCUCAAUGAAGCAUUAAAAGAUGCUCAUCCAGAGAUUGCUUUUGCACUUUUAAAACAUGUAUAUGUGGCAGGUAGAAAGAUGAAAGCAUUUUCUUAUCUCAAACAAUUAGCGGCAUCGCAUGUUUCUCGACAACCCAAACGAGAAGAAGACGAAGAAGAUCAUCUUGCUGCUCGUCUUUAUCUAAAACUUGCUAAAUGGGGUAAAAAUUUACAAGACGAAAUGACACCUUUGCGUUCUCGUUCACAAUCAGUUACAGAAUUUUUCGACUCUGAUAACAGCAGUUCAGAUGAAGCACAAGUGGAUAUUCCUGAAAUGUCGUUGCAUAAUAUUUCAGCUGAUUCUAUUCUUCAGUUUGCUAAGAAAGCAACGGAAAUGAAUCCCAAUUGGUACAAAACUUGGCACGUUUGGGCUUCUUUGAACGCAGAAUUGGUUUCUUCUCAUGGAGAAGUUUUAUCCAAACGCAAAAAGAAACAUCUCCUUGGAACAAGUUCGCAUUUCUAUCGUUCUGACUCAUUUCGUGAUGAACCGAAAGAGCUGGUUAUUCAAGCAAUCAAUGGAUUCUUUCGAACAUUAUCGCUUUGUUCUGAAACAGCAAUUCGUCUACAAGAUAUUCUUCGUUUGUUGACACUGUGGUUCCGUUACGGAGGAAUGACGGAAGUGAGUGCUUCCAUCAACGCUGGCAUAGCUGCGGCAGAAGUAGACUUGUGGUUGGAUGUUAUUCCUCAACUCUUUGCAAGAUUGCAUUCUCCCAAUCAAGCUGUUCGUUCUACUGUUCGUUCUCUUAUGGUUCGUAUAGGUCGUGCCCAUCCACAAGCUUUGGUAUAUCCAUUGCAUGUGGCAGCUAAAUCUACCAACAAAGUUCGUCGAGAAGCAGCAGAGGAAAUUUUGAAUGCCCUAAGACUACAUUCUGCUACUUUGGUAGAACAAGCUGAAACUGUUUCUAAAGAGUUGGUUCGAGUUGCUAUCCUUUGGCAUGAAAUGUGGCAUGAAGGUUUAGAAGAAGCCAGUCGAUUGUAUUUCGGAGAGCAUAAUGUGGAAGGAAUGUUGGAAGUACUUGAACCUUUGCAUGCUAUGCUGGAAUUGGGUCCUGAAACUGCUAGAGAAGCUGCCUUUAUUAAGGAAUUUGGAAGAGAUUUGGCAGAAGCAGCGGAAUGGUGCCGACGUUUCAAAGCAAGUGGUAAAGAAUCGGAUAUGAAUCAGGCUUGGGAUCUUUAUUAUCAUGUCUUCAGAAGGAUCAAUAAGCAGUUGCCGUCUAUGACCAGUUUGGAUCUUGCUCAUGUCUCACCUAAAUUGUUGCGUGCUAGUAAUUUGGAGUUGGCUAUUCCUGGUACUUAUUCACCAAGCUUUGAAAGCAAUCAAGUAUCUAUCGUACGGAUAGCUGGUUUCAGUCCUACUGUACAAGUUAUCAAUUCAAAACAACGUCCGAGAAGACUGAUUGUGUAUGGAAGUGAUGGAAGAGAACAUGCCUUUUUAUUGAAAGGUCACGAAGACUUGCGACAAGAUGAGCGUGUCAUGCAGCUAUUUGGUUUGGUAAAUGAGUUGCUUUCUCAAAAUGCUUCAACCAACUCGAAAGCUUUGAUGAUCAAGCGAUUCUCAGUAGUUCCUUUGAGUCCAAACACGGGUCUAAUUGGUUGGGUUCCUGGUUGUGAUACAUUGCAUAGUUUAAUAAGAGAGUUUAGAGAACAAAGAAAGAUUCUUUUGAAUGUGGAGCAUCGUUUGAUGUUACAAAUGGCUCCAGAUUAUGAUAACUUGACUUUGAUACAAAAAGUGGAAGUUUUUGAAUACGCUCUAUCCAACACCACUGGUGCAGACCUUAGUCGAGUGCUUUGGUUGAAGAGUAGGAAUUCAGAGAUGUGGUUAGAUAAGCGAACUACUUAUACCCGUUCUUUGGCAACCAUGUCGAUGGUAGGUUACGUGUUAGGUUUAGGAGAUCGCCAUCCUAGCAAUCUGAUGUUGGAACGAAAUACUGGGCGCGUCAUUCAUAUUGAUUUUGGAGAUUGUUUUGAAGUUGCUAUGUUGAGAGAAAAAUUUCCUGAAAAGAUUCCCUUUAGAUUGACCAGAAUGUUGGUCAAUGCAAUGGAAGUUUGUGGAAUUGAAGGUUAUUUCCGACAUACAUGUGAAAGUGUGAUGAGUGUCCUUCGAGAUAAUAAGGACUCUUUGAUGGCGAUGUUAGAAGCGUUUGUACAUGAUCCCUUGAUCAAUUGGCGUUUAUUGGGUACUGCAGAAGAUAUUAUUGUUGGACGCCAUGUAGGCUAUUCUCAAGAGUCAUCAGGUAAAGGUGUGAAUGGUUUGGAAAAGACGAAGAGUGGUCGUUCCAUGAAAACAUUUGCAUUUUCUAUGGCAGAUAACACUAGUCGUGCUCGUUUUAUAGUGGAAGAGGAAGGAGAUCAGGGCAAUGCACAUUUGCUUUCCAAGAAUAAGCAUUUGUUACAAGGUCCUUAUGGUUUUAGUUUAUCAGAUAUUGCUCGUAUCCAAGGAGAGAAAGUGGGAACAGAAGAAGAAGAAGACUCCAUGUGGAAUACCAACUCUCGUCGUGGUUUUUCUUUACGUCCAGGAGAAACUCCAGUGGAAAUUCGUCAUCGAGAUAUGGAACGUCUUCAAGGUUCGGAAGCCAUUGAAAACAUGAAUGAAGCUGUCAACCGAAGAGCAUUAGCAGUCAUUCGUCGAGUACACAAUAAAUUAACUGGCAAAGACUUUGAUGAUCGUCAACAAGUAGGUUGGACGGUAUCUUCCCAAGUGGAUCGAUUGAUUGUGGAAGCCAUGAAAGUGGAAAAUUUGUGUCAAUGCUAUAUCGGUUGGUGUGCCUUUUGGUAAUAUGAAAAGUGGUUGGAAACCAACUACAGUAAAAAAUGGUGACAAACCUUGUCCUUCUUUGAGAAGUGUGUGUUUGAA